AGGGACCAGGUGCCCAGUCCGUCUUCAGAGUGUCUUUCCUGAUCCUAGGUGUCUGGAUCAGGCAUUCCCAGCCUGGGAAGCAGGGGCAGCCAUGGCACUGCUGACUGGAGCUGACCUGUGGUCUGUGGUCCUCUUCAUAGUUACCUUCCUGCUCCUGGUGGACCUGAUGCACCGACGCAAGUUCUGGACUGCCCGCUACCCUCCAGGUCCUGUGCCACUACCUGGGUUGGGCAACCUCCUGCAGGUGGACUUCAAGAACAUGCCGUAUAGUUUACACAAGCUUCGACAGCGCUAUGGUGAUGUGUUCAGCUUGCAACUGGCCUGGAACCCCGUGGUCGUAAUCAAUGGACUAAAGGCGGUGCGGGAAGUGCUGGUGACCUGUGGAGAGGACACUGCUGACCGCCCUCCAUUUCCUGUCUAUGAUCACCUGGGCUAUGGUCACAAAUCAAAAGGUGUGGUGUUAGCACCUUAUGGACGCGAAUGGCGAGAACAGCGGCGAUUCUCUGUGUCCACCAUGCGAGACUUCGGCCUGGGCAAGAAAUCCCUGGAGCAGUGGGUGAUGGAGGAGGCUGGACACCUCUGUGACGCCUUCACCAAGGAGGCUGGACAACCAUUUAAUCCCACCACCCUCCUGAAUAAAGGUGCAUGCAAUGUGAUUUCAUCCCUCAUUUAUGCCCAGCGCUUUGAGUAUGAAGAUCCUUUCCUCAACAGGCUGCUCCAAACCUUACAGGAAAGUUUUGGAGAGGACACUGGCUUCAUUGCUGAGGUGCUGAAAGCCCUCCCAGUACUCCUCCACAUCCCUGGGCUUCCUGAGAAAGCCUUCCCCAAGAAGAAUGCAUUGAUGAACUCCCUGGAUAAAUUGUUGAUUGACCACAAGACAACCUGGGAUCCUGCCCAGCCACCCCGAGACCUAACAGAUGCCUUCCUGGCUGAGAUAGCAAAGGCCAAGGGGAAUCCUGAGAGCAGCUUCAAUGAUGAGAACCUGCGUGUGAUGGUGGCUGACAUGUUCAUUGCAGGGGUUGCGACUUCUGCGAUCACACUGUCCUGGGCCCUGCUGCUCAUGAUCCUACACCCAGAUGUGCAGAGCCGCGUCCAACAGGAAAUUGAUGAAGUCAUAGGGCAGGUGCGGUGUCCAGAGAUGGCAGACCAGGCCCGCAUGCCCUACACCAAUGCUGUUGUCCAUGAGAUUCAGCGAUUUGGUGACAUUGCUCCAUUGAAUUUUCCACGUAUGACAUUCCGUGACAUUGAAGUACAGGGAUUCCUCAUCCCUAAGGGGACAACCCUCAUCCCCAACCUGUCCUCAGUGCUGAAGGAUGAGACUGUCUGGGAGAAGCCCCUCCGCUUCCAUCCUGAGCACUUCCUGGAUGCCCAGGGUCGCUUUGUGAAGCAUAAGGCCUUCAUGCCAUUCUCAGCAGGCCGCCGGGCAUGCCUUGGGGAGCCCCUGGCCCGCAUGGAGCUCUUCCUCUUCUUCACCUGCCUCCUGCAGCGUUUUAGCUUCUCGGUGCCCAAAGGACAGCCCCGGCCCAGCGACCAUGGUAUUUUCACAUUGUCAUUUACCCCAAUUCCAUAUGAGCUCUGUGCAGUCGUGCGCUAGCAAGUACAACAGUUCAAUCCUUUC